AAUCUGCAAUGGCCGCUCUAAACCUUAAACUUUUAGUCAUGAAUGACCAAACCUGAGAAACGAAUGUUCGACGUCCCAGCCACGACAAGCCCUGCUUAUGGUCAGUAUAUAGUUACCAACUUAAAAUGUAGGUCAAGCAAAGUGAAUGCGUGAUGUCGGAGGACAAUGGUGUAAAGGCGCUUAGACCAUCCACGUUUAAAAUUACUUCCAAGAAAAACCCAACCAGAUCGCGAUCGAAGACAUGUGGGGAUACAGGGGUAGAUACGGCAAAUACUGGGUCUAACAUCUCCGAUUUUAAAACGACGGAUUUUAAGGUUGAAGGUCUCUCAAAUAAAGCUGACGGCGAUCAGCUCAAAAGAAAUCGUUCCGAGUCACGGACGCGUCCCCCGGGAAAUGUUGAUACUCAAAAUUUUCGGGGGCGCUCUCAGGUCGAUAGUGGUUUUGAUGGGACAAGGGCUGAGAAAUUCACCCAUCGUCGUGCGAAAUCAAGCCUAGAAGGGUUAUCCGCCCAUAGCUAUGCCAGUCGCGUCUUGAACCAGAGGCACAACCUCAAUAUCUUAGACGCCGUCAUCCAGCAGGGGUUAGAUAAAACACAGAACUUUGUCAACCCGCGCAUGAAUUUCGGGGAUGGGCUUCUCACUCUUACAAGCGGCGAAAAUCUGAUCCCCAAUGUAAUUCCACCACUCCAGCAUUUAACAGAGGCUACCAACGAUGGCAAUGUGUCGACAGACAAUCAAGUGCUUGACCAAAACACGGUUCAAGCCAAGGUGGAGACUUUGGGUAAUCUGGACAAACUCUCACCCCCACACCGAAUGUUGGAAAUAUGCGCCAAUGAUAACGACCCCGUUUCGAAUUCUCACAAAAAUCGGACCCAGUCAGAGCCUCCAGUAAGACGCUUUUUUCUUAGUCCAAAAAAUGUAGUCCCCUGUGACACUAAAGCUGCUACAGAAGCGGAGAGAAAAACUAUCACCAAAACAAAUUUAGAUGACUGGAGCUCCCCGAAAACCAGAAAGGGCUCUUCUCCUUCUAAAAAAUCAUCGACGAGAAGAGCUGACUCAUUGUCACCUGGGGACAUUGGGCUCUCUAGUUUGAAAUCCCCAGGAAGAAAAUCAAAAGGAAAACACAGAAAAAAGGGCAAGUCACGUGGGAACGGCCGGCCUAGUCCGACGCCUACCGGUGACAUAUACAUACCUAAUAAUCUUGCACAAUUUAAUAUCGGCAAAGGUGUAUUCGAUGCACUGACGCAAGAAAAUGGAAAACAAGGUUCUCCGAAGGGCAAAACUGGUUCUAAAGUUGUAAAACAAGGAUCCCCAAAAGUCAAACCCGGUUCUCCGGGGCUUAAUCAAGGAUCCCCAAAAGGCAUUCCUAGAUCCCCAAAGUUGAAGCCAGGCUCUCCGGUUUCCCAAUCGCCACCGUCCAGUUAUCGAGUCCACGGAACCUCAAACGAAUUAGAGCACAAGAGUGGAACAUUUCUUAAACCAAAAGAUCAGAAAACAGUGUCACCUAAGCCAAAUUUGGCGUGUAAGGUCAAGGGCACCAGAAAAUGUUUCCGUGAAUGGCAACCAGAAGAUUCGCCACAGCCACAAGAAGAACCAAGCAAACCUGAGAAAAAACCAGAAACAUCGCCUGGCAACGGCGUCCACGCCAGCCCCGAAAAAAUAUCCCCCAAAACUGAACAGGAACAAAACAAUUUCCCAUUGUGUAAAUCACCAAAGGAUCCUGUGUGUAAGAAGAGUAGUGAAAGUACAGCCUCGGCAAGCAAGCCAUGCUUGGAGCAGCCUCCAUGCAGACCGUGCAAGGCGAAGAAGAAGAGACGUCACCCGUGUGGCUGGGGAGAUUCAAACCGGGGUGUUUCAUUUACCCGAAAGAACUUUUUUGGGAACAUAGCAAAGGUAAAAUAGUUGUGUUACAAAGCAGAGGUGAAAAUGAAUCAUGCACGUAUGAAAUUUAAAAAAAAAAGCAUGUGUCACCGAACCUAAGUGAAAUUGAUAUGUUGCGUGUGAAAGUAAAAUGGAUAUGUUGCGUGUGAAAGUGAAAUGGAUAUGUUGCGUGUGAAAGUGAAAUGGAUAUGUUGCGUGUGAAAGUGAAAUGGAUAUGUUGCGUGUGAAAGUGAAAUUGAUAUGUUGCGUGUGAAAGUGAAAUGGAUAUGUUGCGUGUGAAAGUGAAAUGGAUAUGUUGCGUGUGAAAGUGAAAUGGAUAUGUUGCGUGUGAAAGUGAAAUGGAUAUGUUGCGUGUGAAAGUGAAAUGGAUAUGUUGCGUGUGAAAGUGAAAUGGAUAUGUUGCGUGUGAAAGUGAAAUGGAUAUGUUGCGUGUGAAAGUGAAAUGGAUAUGUUGCGUGUGAAAGUGAAAUGGAUAUGUUGCAUGUGAAAGUGAAAUUGAUAUGUUGCGUGUGAAAGUGAAAUGGAUAUGUUGCAUGUGAAAGUGAAAUUGAUAUGUUGCAUGUGAAAGUGAAAUGGAUAUGUUGCAUGUGAAAGUGAAAUGGAUAUGUUACGUGUGAUAGUGAAAUGGAUAUGUUGCGUGUGAAAGUGAAAUGGAUAUGUUGCAUGUGAAAGUGAAAUGGAUAUGUUGCGUGUGAAAGUGAAAUGGAUAUGUUGCGUGUGAAAGGCAAAUGUGUACGUGAUAUAAAGAUGUAUCAGCUGUACGGUACAAACUAAAUCUUUAUCUCUUAACAUAAAUGUCUGACAUCAAAGACAUACAACGGCAACACACAACUAUUACAAAACAAAUCUUCCAAAUCAUCCUAAGAUCUUCAUCUUGACAUUGCGAUUUCAAUAUUUUUCUGUUGCAUUGUGGACUUGUGUGGAGUGUUACCUGUUCUUGACGAUCCUUUGUCUUCUCCAUCUCCAUUUCUUACCAGCUUACUACGUGCAUAGGAGCCAAAAUGAUCAAUAAAUUGAUCGUGGGCCCUUAAUUAAUAGAAGAAGAAGAAAAACUCAUGUGUACUUCAUAUGUAUGAGUAUGGAAAUCUCUGUCCAGUGAAAGCAACAGAUUUUUUUGUAAACAUUUAAUUGCGUGCAAUGGUUUUUAUCAAUGUUGACACCCAUCAUUUGAAAAGGGGGAGGGGGCGCUAAAUGGAAUUCUCUCCAUAUAAUGUUUGUGCAGCUGUUAUGGUAACAUUUUCAGCUCACUCUUAGAUCAGGCCUACUCUAGUUGAUGCACACUAUUUGGAGAUAAAAUACUAAUACACGCUUAUGAAUAAAAAGAUCAUUGAAUCUAGCAAUAAACGCAAGAGGACAAAUUCAAAACAACUCAAAACAAAAACAAUGACAUUAAUUAAUACAUGAAAUAAAAAAGUAAAAAUUCUUUGAUAGAUUACCGCAAGUGCAAGAUCUUUUUUAAAAUUGUUUUAAAAAUUCGCAAAAACUCUUAACAUCCUCUUAUAUAUUUUAUGAAGAAUUUAUUGGAAACAAUGGAGGAAGAAGGUGACACAACACAAGUCAAUUAUACCCUUGUUAUAAAUAGAAGUACUACCCAGUGUUGAACCUGCGGCGGGGGGGGGGGGGGGGGCCGCAAAAUCAUUUUAUCAUAUAUAGGGCAAUUUAAAAAAAAAAUUGAGUGAAAUUUGUUUUUGGAAACGAAAAUUUUUUUUUUUAACCUGGGGGGGGGGGGGGGGGGUGGCCGCAAAAUCAUUUUAUCAUAUAUAGGCCAAUGUAAAAAUAAAAUUGAGUGAAAUUUGUUUUUGGAAUCGAAACUAUUUCUUUUCAAUUCUAUUUAUGUAAUCAUGAUUAUUAAUAAUUUUUCAUUUUUACUUUGCUAUUGAUGAAAUUUUCAACAUUAAAGCUUAAAUUGAGGGUAUUAAAAUAAUCCCAUCAAACUUUGUAACACUAAUCGAUGUUGACUUCCGUUUGGCUGCUUCAUUUUAUUGGUUUUAAAAAUCAUCUUUUAAUCUUUGCGCCUAAAAAGAAAUAUAAUGGUUGGCUCUUCUACACUUGAAAUGUGCAGCCUCCACCAAUCACUGAUUUAGAUUGUACCGUCACUCAGCAUAGAAUAACAUUUGCCCGUUAUUGUAACUUUUUCCAUUACUUUAUAUACAUUUGACUUACAUAGCCAUUAGCAAAUUUUAGACCAGUUUCUAGCCAGGGAUGUUUACUAAGCUGUUGAAGAUCUUGCUUUAGAGCAGUGGUUCUCAACCUUUCUAAUGCCGCGACCCUUUAAUACAGUUCCUAAUGUUGUAGCGACGCCCAAUCACAAAAUCAUUUUGGUUGCUACUUCAUAACUGUAAACUAUAUGUGUUUUCAGAUGGUCUUAGGCGACCCUGUGAAAGUGUCAUUCGACUCAAAGGGGUCGCGACCCAUAGGUUGAGAACCGCUGCUUUGGAGGAAAAAAUAAUUUUCAAACGCAUUAAGUUAUCUCUCAGAUAAUGUGUGUUGUUUUUAUUUGUGCGUUAAAUGACAUGGUGACGCCAUCUUCAAAUGACCAGUCAAACCAAAACAUCAGAUACAACGGAAUGAACUGUUGAUGCAUGAUAGUAAACUAAAAACAGUUCUUAUUAUUAGUAGCAAUACCGCUCUGAAUGUGCGGCUGAGAGUCGAUCUCACAAUUAACUGGGACGAGGGGUAUUUGGAUACCACCCAGGCCUUCAAAACUGCACUCAAAACAUAGCUUUUUUAAAUUAUACUACCCUGACUGAUUCCCCUCCUGUGACCGAUAAACGAUCUUGCUGGCUGCCGUCCAUGGUUUGCCUUGUAAAAGUUAUGUGGUGGGGUGGGUGAAUAUACAUUGCUGUACUUUAUUUCAUAAAUCUAUUUUAUUUUAAUGUCAUGAUUAUGUCUCUUUUGAUAAAAUUUUUAUGUACAGUGCGGUGAGCCCAGCCCUAGGCUGGGGUACCGCGCUAUAUAAGACCUGUUAUUAUUAUUAUUAUUAUUAUACCAAUUUUUGUGUGACAACCGAACACUCCCAUGGAAAGGGUGUGUUAAUGAAGUUAGGGCACAUAAAAUAUAUUUUAAAAAGUAUAGUUCCAAGCUUUAAUGGUGCGGCUUAUAGUCAGAAGCGGAUUAUUACGUUAAGUUCUAUCAAUUAACAAAUUUGUAUAUUGCUUUAUCGGAGUCUAGUCACUGCAUGUAUAGUGGGUAUCUAGAAUUUACAUGUCUUGUGAGACAGGGACCAGAAUCAUUUUCAGGAUUUGUAAGCUAAUGUUCUACGUCUUACUCAUGGGUUACGAUAGGAGACAGAAGUAACUCAGUUAUCCGAAGUUUCGGAUAAUCUGUGUUUGGGAAAACGACGCUCUACUGUACUGAUAAUUUGCGAAAAAAAGGGGAGGGGGCGAAAUAUAGGAGUUCUCAGCGGGCGGCAUUUAGUCAAAGGUUGCCACUGGUGCUACCUGAGCAAUAAUAUUUCUAUCUCUACUUGAACCAGGCUGUUGGAGACCAGCUGAAUUGUAUUGCCUACAGGAAUAGUUUAUUUCAUUCAUUCCCGGGAAUGAUUGGUCUUUACAGGCCAGACAUAGGCAUGGACAGGUAAUUCUUUGUUCAUUAAAAGAGUUAUUAAUGCUAACAUCGUUGUCGAUGAAAAUGAUUUUCAAAAAUAUUUAUUGACUUCUUUUUAAAAUACAAGAAUAUAAGGUUGUGUGUUUGACUAAAAUGUAAUGCAACUUUUGAAAAAUAGCUUUGAUAAUAUGAGCCUCACUGAUUUCAUCGUAAUGUUCAACUUUUAUUGAGAUUAAAUCAGAACAUAAAUGAAAACAACCUCAACAUUAUUGAUGUGCAUGUACUUAUGAAUAAUUACUUGUCAUGCGGAUACGACAACUUCGUCUUGACUAGGCUCAUCAACUCGGCCUCUCGAAUAAACUUAUAGAUUAAGUUCGUAGAGUUUACCGUUAGUCUAGUCUGGACCAAGAAUGUUCAAAAUGGUGUGUCGCGAAAAGCUCAGGCGUGUAAGGUGUAUGUCGUAAGAUGGAACCUGCAACACCAACACAUUUAAUCGUCCAAGGUUUUGUGGCUGCUGCCCACAGAAGCAGAGCGUAUUAGUUUGUUGCUGACUUUGUGGAGUUAGUUUUAAUGUAUCGCAAAAUAACAACAUAAAAAAGCUAGUCUACACAAAGAUGAAAAAGAUUCUACAAUAAACGGUAGAAUAGUCCUAUUGAAUAUUACUGUAUUACCCCCUUUCUAAAUCUGUAGGAUAGACCUAAAUAUUAAAAUUAAUGGAUAAUAAACUAGACUUGUAAGGUAGUCCUCUAUAACUUCAGACUAUAUUUCAUUAUCAGCCCAAGGAGCCCCCCCCCCCUGUAGUCUCACCCUGUAGACUUGCCAUGCAGUUUCACCCUGUAGACUUGCCAUGUAAUCUCGCCCUGUAGAAUUGUCACGUAGUGUCACCCUAUAGACUUGCCAUGUAGUCUGGCCAAUUCUUAACUUUAAAGCUUGAAUUAAUAAAUUAAAAUUUACUACUUAAAAUAAUUUUAGAUGACAAAUUUUAAUGUUUAUUCAAGUAUUUAAAUUUAUUGUAUAUAUUAACUUCUCCAUAUUCAAUAUGUAAAUAUUAUUAAAAUACUUCAUUGAGGAAAUCUAGAAUUAUUAACAUAGAACAAAUGACAAUGUUUAACUUCGGUAAAGUUGUCAAUCACAUUAUGUGAAUAAUAAAUUUAAUAUAAUUUAGAAUAUAUAUAAAUUAAAUAAUUUAAUGAAAACUGCCACUAGUUAUAUUUCAUUAUUUAUUUUUAUCUUUCCAAGUCUCUUCAUGAAUGACUCAGAAGAAGAUGACUUAGAGGAGGAGGAGGAAGAGAAACCAAAAUCAAGAAAGUCGAAAGAGAAGGAGAGCAAGAGAUCAGAAGACAAAGAUGACACUUCACGUCAAGUGUCUUCAGACGAGAGAAUGUACUCCGACAAGGACCAAGGUCAAGUGAGGAAGGUAUCCAUACAACAGUCAGGCAAAUCCUCCUUUCCAUCGCAACUGUCACACAGAACGAGUAUAAAGACGGCAGCGACCGGGCAGUUUGAAGAAACGGAGCCAAUCCUUCAAAACGCAGCCCUACAAGGAAGUCAGAGGUAUUCUCAGAAGGAAGGGCAAGGUGGCUACUAUGUCGAAGAAGCUUCCAGACAAUGGCGGGACAGCCAGACUAAUAUAGAAAUUUCACCUAGGCAGAUGAGCAGAUUAUCACCGCGUGGAGAGACAAAAACAAUUGAAUAUGACAGUCAAAGUCCUGCUGAUCAAGUGAAAAUAGUUUUAGAAAUUCCUACUUAUAUGAGAAGCUCUCCGAGAGUAGACUCCACUCAUAUAGUCAAUGUCCCAGCACCACCUCCCAGACAUCUAGAUGUGCAGGGAAGCAGUUUGGAUUCACGCAGAGCAACUGGUGAGAGGGCAACACCAAGUACGAACGUGACAAGAGUUCCAUCGCAAGAACCCAUGCGACGAUCUACGUACCCUCCUGAAUACGAAGCUCAUAAGAAUGAUUUACCCAUGAGUCCCAGGUUUAGUCGCUACAGCAGUCCCCAAUUUCAAGAUAGGCAAUCUGCGAAAGGCAGCGUCCAUUUUAUUCCAAGCGCCGCACGUGACCGAGCUUCGAGUUACGAUCAGUCACUGAAAAGUGGACUUAGAUCCCCUAAUGAUUACAGAACAUCCCCCUUUUUGAAAUCAGGCAGCCAAAGCUCAUAUGAGGAAAAGAGCCCAUCACCUAGUCGACUGCCUGGAAGUGCUGACAGGAGUACGGGAAGAGGCUUAAUGAUACCUUCUUCUAAAAAAGAAAGUUCGAAUUUGUCUGAAGACCUCUUUCUAGGAAAAAAAUUAUUCGAUAGCUCUUCAUUUAAACAAGACAGUGCAACUGAACGAUUUUCAAGAAGCCAAACCUUUAAAGAAGAUGACACUGUACUACAAUUAGACUCAACAAAGCGAUCAUCGCGCACGAUAGAUAACCUCACAGCGUCAAGUGGCAGAUCCAGUGGGUCACCCUAUAAAACAUUCAGUCCUUUUAAAGCGGAUGAAGACUUUACACAUGAGAUGAAUCUAUCGGAACGUGCACUUGUUAACAGAAGCUCAAUGUCGAAGCCUUUUCAAGAAGACUAUCGUUCAACGAUCAGAGACAGCCCAUCGAGACUGAGCAGCAGAGCGGCUUCAUCAGAGAGACAUUCCAGCGUACAAUUAUCCCAACAUUCGGGCCAGGAAUCACCCAGAGGAACUUACAUGUCUAGACAAAUUAGCAAACCUGCUUCCAGUGAAAAAUUCUCGAGGCAGCAAUCUUUUCAACAAGGUAGCCAGCAGGCCUCAGAUCAGGAAGUAAACACGCGGCGAACGUCAGCAAGAGACUUAAUAGAAGAUAAAUUAUGUUUAAUACAACAACUUUCCAAAGAACAAUCUCGUAGAGGCAGCAGUCAACCUUCAGAUGAAGAAGCGGGUUCUCGGCAAACAUCAGGCAGAGGCAGCAGCCAGGAAGGAGAGUUUCAUGGAAGCAGUCAACAUUCCUCAGAUGAAGACAGGGGCACAAGACAGAUGUCAAAUAGAGAAAGUAGGUUAGAGAGAUUAACAUCAAACCAAAGAAGUUCCAGACCAACAUCCCGUAUUACAGGCAGUCAAAAAAUGUCUGAUGAAGAAGGGAACACGCGGCAGGUGUCGACGAGGGCAAGUAGACAAACAUCAAUUGAAAAACUUUCCAGAGCACAGUCGGCCAGAGAAGGCAGUCGGCAAACCUCUGACAAUGAAAUAGGAACACGUCCAAUAUCGACCAGAGAAAGUUUAGAACAAAGAAUGUCUUCGAUUGAUAAGAAUUCCAUAACACAAUCUCUUAGAGAAAUCAGUCAACAAUUGUCUGAGGAUGAAGGGGGUACACGGCGAUGCUCGGGUAGAGACAGUGUGCAGGAAAAACUAACGUCAAUAGAAAAACUUUCUAGAGAGCAAUCUUUUCGAGAUGGAAGCCAGCAACUUUCAGAUGAAGAAUCUGGCACAAGGCAGCCGUCGACUAGAGAAAGUAGACAAGAGCGGUUAAGCUCAAUAGAAAAAUUAUCUAGAGAGCCAUCUCUUAGAGAAGGUAGCCAGCAAUUUUUCGGAAGUGAAGAUGGAGUACGACGAAAUUCAGGCAGAGAAAGCAGGCUUGAAAGAUUAACUUCGAUUGAAAGAUCAUCAAGAGGGCAAGUUUCAGAUGAAGAGGAGGGACAAUGGCCAACGUCCUCCAGAGAAAGUUUCCAAGAAAGAUUAACAUCAUUUGACAAAAUUUCUCGUGGACAAUCUCAACAAAAUUUAGAAGAAGGAAGCACGAGGCGAACUACAGCCAGAGAUAGCCUCCAAGAGAGGUUAACUCCAGUUGAAAACAUUUCUAGAGCUGACUCUGUUAGAGAUGGCAGCAGACAAACUUCAUUCAGAGAAAGUAGGCAUGAACGAUUUGCUUCCGCGGAUAAAUAUUCCAGGGCCCAAUCUCUUAUUGGUGGCAUUCAGCAGCCCUCAGACGAGGAAGGGGACACGAGACGUGCUUCAGCUGUAGAAAGUAGACAAGAAAGAUUAUCUUCUGUUGAUAGAUUUAGAGCACAGUCUCAAAAGGAAAGCAGCCUCCAUAUAUCAGAUGAAGAGGAAAGCACACUUCGAACGCCAGGCAGAGAAAGUAGGCAAGAAAGACUAACUUCCAGAACACGUCCUUCAAAAGAUGCACCACCCGAGAGAAUAGAUAAUGAGUUUUAUCGUGGAUCAACUCUUAACGAAACCGCAAUCGAAUCAUCGGCAAACAUUUCUAAAUUUCAUUCAAUGAUGGAGGACCCCCAACAGAGAAUGCCGAUGGAAGGGGUUCGAGAUAAAUCAGCCCGGACAAGAUCUUCUUCUUUUAUUCAAGAAAACUACGAUAGGGAAACUGCCACCUUUGUACCAUCAGUGGCAUCUAGCAAACAACAGCUGGUCACAGUCGCAGAGAGUCAGAAACUGACAAUACAGGAUCCUACUCGAUGGAGUGGUUCUAGUGAUUUUGUGGACAGCCCCGAGCAACAUACCAUACCGCAGUAUCUUUGUACUGUUGGGACAAGCUCCUUACAAGCUGGAAGCCAAAUGUUGCCAUUUGAUAAGGAUAAAGCCAUCAAUAAACCAUGUAGACCUGAAUUCAUGAAGAAAUGUGAUCGUCAAAGUCCAGUAACUAAAUCCGAAAUAGAUCAGUUACGUGUGUCAAAGGAGGAGAAAUUUCAGAAAAGUCAAAGUGCAGAUGAAUGUUCCAAAGGACUACCCCACAGAGACUAUCAGUAUCCUCAGUGUAAUGAAAAGUUACCUAAGGCAGAUAAAAGAUCAGUUAGUUCAACUCGUCCCCCCAUCCAUCAUCCGUCAUCUGCUCGCCGUGUUACUAUGGACGAUAGCUGUGAACAGAGAUACCGAGAUUCCAAAUCGAGGGCAGAACAGGGCUCUGAUGCUAAACGAUUCAGUAAAAUGAGAGACAUUUCUAACGCCGAGGACUACGAUGGUCGUAGGGAUGCUAAGACUCGGACGUUUGAAGCCAGUUACAGUUCACCCAGCAGGAGAUCAACAAAGCAAACGAAACACAGCAGGGAUAAUGACGAGGAAGAGACGACCAUGGAACCAAGUUUGCGUAGCACUAGGUGUCACCGUGUUGGAGCCGAUGCGGUAUAUGAGGAUGAGUCUGUCACAAUAGCCUCAUACGAGACAUCAACGUGGAGACAAACACCUACAGAGGGCCGUGGACAUGAUGGUUAUGUGGAAGAUGAGGAGAGAGUCAUAGCUCCUAGUCGCGGAGCUGACAACGAUCAAGUUUUAAAAGUAAUAGAAUCCACUGAUGAGGAUGAAUCUUACUCCGAAAAGCUGGAUACUCACACAUUGGACGAGCCUCCAUCCAUUGACACGGAUGACAACGACAAGCCAGAAAAAGCGUUCUAUAUGCGAGAUAAAAGGCGUUGCCGAGAACUAACAAGUGGUGAGUCGGGUGACGAUGAGCCGUUGAUGUCCGCACGCUCGAAAGGGAGGCUGCGAAAUUCAGACAAAUACAACCAGGAGGAAUGCACGGAUGACGUUGUUUCGAAACGAGGCACUGAGAGAAAUAGGAGUAGAGCGUCCAGCAUCAUUAAGGUCUGCUUUCACAAAGAACAAAGCGGCGAACAUGAGGAUCUUGAAGAGGAGGAGAGGUGUUCGGAUGCUGUGUCAUCAGAAGAGUGUGUCUCCGAUGACAGUUGUAAAGAGUUGAGCAGUAAAAAUAUCCCAUCAGGGGAUUCAUGUGCGCAAAGACAAAUAAGAAAGAUCAAAGGACGAAUUACAUUUCGUUGUUCCGACGACACAAAUACCUGUCCGGCCUCAAGGAGCACCACUGUGGCUAUUCAAAACGGCACCGUUCAAAUGAUUACCUCCCCCCAGGGUGUUAAAAUUAUUGAUUGUGGUGGUGCAAAGGAUUGUGAGGACUUGUCAUCCGAAACGUCCGAUUGUGAAUAUAUGAAUAACCUUGUCCUUUCAAAUAAUUCGAGGUCAGCUCGUUCGCAGUGGGCUGACAACCGCGCCUCGGACAAAAGCAUGAAGAAAUACUUGCGGGACAGUCAGUAUAUAAGACAAAGACAGCUAAGACUUAUUGAGUAUGAGCAAGACAAUACCCAAAGCUGUGAUUCCUUGUCCGAUUAUUUACCUUCCAACCGUCGGAAAAGCCCAGUACCAGCUCCCAGAAUGAACUUGAUCAAAUCUUACGAUUACUCAGAAGGUCGUUUCACGAGGCAAUUUUGUAACUUUGAAUCCGAUGAACAAAGAGGGAGAGAUAUCUACCGAUGUGCCUACAGGUCACGCUCAAACUCUGCCAAAAGUGACCGCAGUCCUGAAAGUUUCCACGUGAGAGCCAUUGAUCCAUUUAGGCAGGUCAUCACUCCGGAACAACCUGUGCCGGUAAGCGACAAAUAUUCAGCGAGAAACAUUGGCGAAUAUAUCAAAUAUAUUUCUCCCGAUGUACCUUAUCAAAGACAAGCAGACAUGUUCUUGUGUAAUCUGUCAUCGGAGAAGGUUGAUGACAUCGGUUCACCGGAAGACAUUUGUAUUAACGUUCCUAAAAAGUUACCUGAGACCAGAAGGGAGAAUCCAUUUUUACUGGUCAGAAGCGCUUUUAUUCCCAGUGAUGAAACAGAUGUCACUGUGGUCGGUAGGCCGCGAGUUAAAGUGAGACCUAAAUCUGCAAGUGCGAAGUGUUCCUAUCGCAUUAAAGGCUUACAAUCUCCAAUGCGCAUUGAAGCCUCACCAGGUGAUACAUCCGAGAGCCAAACAUUGUCAGCAAAUAGUGCCAUGUAUAGAAACAUCAGAAGCAAGUAUAGAGACAAAACAUCCAAUCAUGGACAUUUUAUUCCUGAAAAUGAAUCUUGUAAUUCUCAGAAAAGUUCUCCAGAAUGCACAGCUUUAUCAGUCGCCGUUUCCAAGAAUAAAAACUGCUCUUCAAAUGCCGAUAGAGAUCGAAAUUCUUCCUCAGGAAGUGGUGAUUUCAUGUACUCUGAUUUAGCAUAUCACUGUGGAGUUAUUGACACCCUAAGACUAUUGGACACGGACAACGUUUCAUCUGAUAGCGCAAAACUCUCUUCUGUGUGCGAUCAUUCAGACUUUCCUCACAAAACGAGUUUUCCUGUGUUUUCACGGAUGGAAUCAGAAGAGCAUAUAACUGAGCUCGUUCGAUCGUUGCCAUCUCUGGCUGUUGGUGGGCACGAUGACGAGGCUAUAGAGCAGAUCCGCCAAAACAGCAUCAGAGCCUUACUUUUUGCAGCUAGCUUGUCAAACAGUUGGUCAUCACUGAGGCUUUUCUCUAGUGCCACGGCAAAAGACACCGCGAAGUGGGUCCAAGAAUUGAAAGACCGUACAACAGUUAAGAAUGUGUUAUCCCCUCAGCAGAGUAAUGCAACCGACAGCCCAACUAAUGAUGCUAACAUUAGCCUUCCGAAUGUCUGGAAGUCAAAGACGUUGACUAGUACUUCUGAUACUGGAGGCUUCAACCUUCCGAAUCUCUGGCCAUCCAAGAAGUUUGCAAGUCCUACUGAUUCUAAUUUUAGUCCUAGCCUACAGAAUGUAAAACCAACAAAAAAGAUUGCAAGUCCAUCAAAAGGGACACAAUCGCAUUCCUCUCACGUUAAAAGCGAGAUUAAAACUUCAAAUAAAAUGACGUCACCAGUAAAACCGGAAGAGCUCCAGGAACCGCAGAGCAAAAUGUAUACUCCCAAGUCAACACAAUUUCAGAGUUCCGGAGAGUAUCAACAAAAACCCAGAACACGUGCUGUUAAAAUUCAAGUUCAAUGUUCUAAAAAUGCCGCCAUCCAAACUCAGAGUAUUGACAGAGACACACAGAAGUGUGACAAGGCAGAGAACACAGAAAUGCAAUACUUUAUUCGUGAUGUUGAAGUGAGCACUAAAACUUCGUCCGAGCUAAACACAAAAUCAGACACUAGAAACAGAGAAAAGUUUGACCCGAGACGUGGAAAACUUCGCCGUGAUCCCAAACUACCAAAAGAUUUUCCAUUACCCAAACCAGGAAGAAGAAACGAACGUGGUCAAGGGUUAUCUCAUAAAACAGUUCCACAAACGGACCUUAAAGAUAUCUUUCAAUUGAUGACAAUGCGAUCCCGGCAAGAAUCGAGAGGACUACGCAAGAAGAAAUGCCAUUCAUUUAACGACACCUCUUCCUGUGGGUGCAGCAGAAGAGCGAGGUCACACAGCGAAGAUAGUGUAUAUUAUUACAAGGAAUCGAGGUCCCCAUCGCCUUGUCACAGGAUCGGACAUCGGACGAGAUCACAUUCCUUAGAUAGAAUGCACAGGCCGCGGUCUCGGAGUGUGAAAACUAAAAAGAUCUUUGAAGGCUUCACCCAUUUCAAGCCAAAAAGUUCAAGCAGGCAUCGGUUCAGCGCUCGCUCUUUCAGUGCCGAAUCUGUGUACCAUGAUCGCAGUGAUGGGUCUCACUCACCUCGAACAGACUUCAAAUCCUUUAAAGGGGAAGUAGAUCCAAUAUCUCAAGUAAGGGACUUUCAAAAUGACCUAUUUUUAAAAAGAAAAUUUCUUUACAGCACUGACAAGUCACUCCCCAAUUUUAAAACCAGAUGCGGGAAGAUGUCUGAAAGAAAUUAUCAAAGACUGUGCGCGUGCUCUAGAUGCCAACAAAGACGUUUUGAACUUCAGCGCUACAUUUAUUUAAGAAAGUCUUUCAAAGGAGAUAAAAGCUCAACAAAAGUUGGGAAAGCCAAAUACCCGCUGGGAGCCUGCGGUGACACUACAUCCCAGCCAACGGACAAAACUAAAAACAACUCGAAAGAUUUCUCCGGUGAGGAACGUCCUUUUUUAGAUAAUGUUACCAUUUUUGUUGUCACUUCCCAGAGCUCGAUUACAGCCAAUGAAGAAAACGAAAGAGAAGCAGAAAUACGGUAUUUUGAUGACGUUGACCCAUGCUGCCGCUUUGCUUUAAAAAACGCACUGAGAAACGUGGGAUCUUCAAGUUCCAUUGAGAGACAGGAUUUACCUAUGUAUGCACUUGAUGAUGUCAACAAAGUGGAUGACAACUCUGAAUGUGUUACUGAUCAGGAUACAGAUUACUUUAGCUCUUGGAAAAGUUAUAGCAGUCAGUCUAACAAUGUCAUGGAAAAUGACAGCCCUGAGAAUCAGUAUUUUGAUCAAGGUGAACACAAUAUUGAAUGCAAGUGUCCAUAUUCCCAUUUUUCCAAUGAUGUGGCAGCUGUGAAGAAGCAAAGGCAUGAACACGUCGGAACUCAAAAGAAAGAAUUCACUUAUCUACGAAUCAAUCCAGACCGACGCAAAAUGUCACAUAAGAAGCGUUACAGAUCAAAAUCUGGCAUUUCGUGUACCAGUUUGGACAGUGGGCUCGAUAAAAGUAGUUCUGUGGACGGUGGCAACAAGUGCAAUAGUUCAAAAUGGGUCGCGAAGCACGACGGGAUGUCUGAUAUGGAGGGGGAACAUAACAACUUGGAGUUCGAGAACGUUCCUGAGAUAAAACCAUCUAAAGUUACACGACAAAAUACUAACAGUGAAGUCUUGAGACAUCGUAUAUCUCUUAUGGAAAAUGAAAACAUGCCAUUGGAUACAGAGCAUGACACUUCUAUUUUGACAAGAAACAAAGACAGCUUGCUGGAUGACCCAAGAGAUGCUACAGAAUUCCAAGUUUCUUCUAGAGAAUUAUUCAGCAGCACUAUCUCUCAAUUCACUGGCAGUGACGAAGUUCAGAUUGAUGAGCUGUUAAAAAAAUAUAUUCAUUCCAAGACCGAGUCUUCACAUGAGCAUGGACUGGAUGGUGAUAACGACGGGGACACAAUUUCUCAACCACCUCUAAACAUGGCCCCCCCUUCGAGCGCAGAAAAAAGUCCCAGUCCACCAAACAGAGGGUCUUCGUCUCUACGCUUUCUUCAGUCAAUCAUUGAUGGGAAAGUGAAAACAUUACUGGAUAAGGCACUCCAGAAUUGGACUUCUCCUAUUCAGCGAACGUUACCACUUUUGAACAAUAACGACUACUUAAAAAUGGGGUCACCAGAAAAGCCAUCCAAACACAACCAAAGCGAUCAAAUAGAUGUAAAGUAUCAAGACAUCUCUCAAAGCGAGCUCUCUUUUUCAAACUCAGUUAGUUCAGAAAGUUCAACAUUUGUUAUAACGGAGUCUAAUUGCAAAAUAUCUGACACACCUAAUUUGGUCAUUGUAACUCUCCCAGAAAAAUGUCCUGAACAACCAAAGACCUACCGUGAAAUGCUGAUUGACUGGAUCAAAGGGGCCUUGCCCCCAUUUGAGAAAAGCCCCGAAAAAAAAGUCCAGAAUGACGAAACAAAUACGGUGCCCCAAAAGCCCAAAAGAUUUUUAUCCGAGCCAAGAUCAUCUAGUAAGUCUCUGCAAGCCUCCGCCAAAUCGUCGGCAUCACAUAUCAAUGUAUCGUUUACGAAUAAUUACUUUGGGCCAGAAGAGGUUCUUUUCUGUAAAGGUGACCUUGAGUUGCCGACACAACUUGAAGAGUGCAACUCUCGUGAGAUAAAAGAUGAGAAAAAUAAAACAGAAACAAAUCAUGAACUUUUAGAUCCACCUAAGAAAAGAAAGGAGUCGCAUCGGCCCAAAAAGGAGGAAUCCCCAAAACUGAAGAGGAGACGGAAGUCAGAAAGUCAACUGGAUCCAAUCAAAACAAGCCGCAGAUAUAAAAACGCCAAUGAACAUUCUGAAACCAGGUGUUCAGUUUCCAAAUGUUCAACAACGUCAACAGAUAACCGCAGAUCGCACUCGGCGCCCAGGCCAAACGUAAGCAAGUUGAAUCUAGCAACCAAGCAGCGGCAUCCCAAGGCUAGAAAGUCGGAAAUUGAGAAAGUCCGGAUGACGUUUGAUGCGAAACCAAUGGAGGAAUCAGUCUUAGUGAAGAGCAAAUCAAAGAUAACACCUUUUAGCGAGUGCGGCGUGUCACGAAUAGCCAACAGACUGACCCCUAAUCAAGCUAAACUUGAGUCGACGAGUAUCACAGUAUCUUCGACCAGCACGGAUGACAUAAAGCAGAAAAUUCAGAGUGGAUUUAAAAACUUCAAGCAUGAAGUCAUGGAGCGCAGGUUAAUGGAGGAACUCAUCCAAAGAAAAAUUAUGUCUAAACAUCUUGAAAACGAUUUGGCCGAAGCCGAGGCUGACAGUCUUGCUGAAUGCGAGGCGAUCGAAUCUUGCCUGCUGACACCAAUUAUUGAGGAGUCGCAUACUCCCCUCGAUAAGUCAAGGAACGACUUUAACAUGUUCGUGAAUGAGUGUAAAAGCAAAAUCAAAGACAUCAGUGGGCAAGCAUCAAAGCCAAACUCUGAAAAUACACUUUCCAAUAUAAGUAGCCAAAUUAUUUCAAGCACUUCUUCCUCAAAACCCGUGCAUCAACUCAUCGAAAGGACACGAGAACACGCGUCUGCUGCCCCACUCCAUUUUUCUCAACAUCUGGAUAAAACUUCAUCCGUGAAGUAUUGCGUCCCCAACACCUUGAUGGAAUGUUCGACGAGCCCCUCAAAGAGUCGGUCCCACACUGAUAAAAGUGGACAAGACAACGACAGAAACUUAUUCGCAGACCAAUGUCAGUCUGGUUUAUUCACAUCAAGUUUGAAAGAAUCAAAAUCUCACCCUUCUCUCCAUGAAAUUAAUAACGCUCCAACGGAACGAUUGCCCGAGAAAUUCCAAGAGUAUUAUUUUACCUCACUUCACUAUAAAGGACCAUUUAAGUCAGCUUUUCUGAGGAAUGAACUUGGUGGGGGCAUUCAUGCCGAGUCAAAGGAAAUGAUCAAUCAGCUGUCCAAAGAAGACUUGCUCAUUAGUCAGUACUCGACAAGACACUCGUUCUUGAAGCGAAACAACUAUCGUGACUUUUCCCUAGAUCUGUCUGGUGAGGACUUCAACUUUUCCAAAUCCAACAGCAGAUUCUCUGAUUACCAAGACAACCAGCAUAAUUAUAUAUCCAAGACUGUCAUCAAUCCAAACUUCACACAUCCGAAAUUGAACUUUAACUACGAAUCCAGGUACAAGUCAACGUUUCUUAAGGCUUCCAAUGUCAAAUAUAAUGAAUCGUACACCACGACCCGUGGUUUUGGACACCUGAAAUACAGCUCCGCCCCAACAGAUGUGUGGGCUGAGAAGGUGCACCACUGGGACAGUGGUUGCAUCAACGCCUUACAUAAUGACCUGGCCAAGAAAAAUUGGAACGAGAGUGCCAACAAUGGCUAUGACACAUCCUCAUCGGACAACUCCAGCGUCGAUGACGACCUCAACAUGGAUGACGGGAACUCCAACAUUGAGUACAGCAGCGGGGCGGCUUGUAGAUCAACUCCUUAUCACAGCGGAGAUCGAUCGAUGAUGGAAAAAAGCAUUAUGGAGCACAAAACUUUACAGAGCACAGUAGGUUACUCGAAACGCCAGAAACGCUCAUGUGAUUCCCCUUGUUGUCUCAUCCACGAACAGGGCUGCAAAAAUUAUGAUAUCUUUAAACCCCAUCCACACAGUGGCCUAUUGUCUACAUUGGCAUCUCGCAACAUUAACGGAAGCGGAAAUAUGUUUGGCAGAGGGGGCAGACCGGGGGAUGACCUUCGUAUCGGCACACAUCUCUCAGUGCGGUCACAGAUGCAAGACAGUGAUGAUGACUUCACCUCAGCGUCAGAGGACAUGAUGUCAAACUACACAAGCGUCAAGAUGAGGAACAAUUUCCCCCGAGCAGACAGCCAAGAGAUGGAUGAUACGUGCAAUCAUCCCGACGCUAUGAGCUACUAUACAGGGGGUGGGCCAACAAGCCAGUUCGAUGUUUUCGGAGGCGCGCCUCAAGAAGAUUUGUUAAUGAACCUGUUCCCCAUGGAUGACGAUCACGCAACCGUCAUAUCCUCAUACCGACAGAAGGCUACCAGCGAGAGAUGUAGUGACGGCAUUGACCGAACAGGAGUGGACAGCAAGCCUGGCUGUAGCGAGCGUGACAGUUACACAACAGUUUCUAAUCUUCAACCUUCAGAUAAAGGAGCGUUUUGUGCUUCGCGAUCAUGUUUUGGACAAGGAGACACGUCAAGUAAGAAAGCGUUCACUCAAUGGUACGUUGAAGAUGCAGACAAAAACAUUCCGAUUCAAAGAAGGGGGAAUGAAGUUGCAAGUAAAUUUUCUCAACGGGAAGCUUGGAGUAAUGCAAUUAAAACGGACGAGAAACGUAGUGAAGAAAGUGUCGAUGAUGAAGGUGACGACGGGGAGGUAGAUGAAGACGACGAGGAUGAGGUUGACGAUGACGAUGAGGAAGAGGAUUACGAAGACGAUGAAAAUGAGGACGAGGAAGAAGAAAACGGGGAUGAAGAUGAAGAUGGAGAUAGCGAUGGAAGCAGAGAAAAUAAACAACUGCAAGUGGUCGAAGAUGUUCCAGGCGGUGACGCCCGCAGCGCUGACAAGGACACGGGGGUCAUCGACACACUCGAGACUAACAACCAGGCUCUGUCUGUAGAUACAAAGAACAAAGUGGACUCAGGUGACCAGCGGCGAGUUCACGGGAGACUUUUCAAUCAAAAUAAAUACAAAACUUAUGGGGUGAAAACAAUCAGAGUGACCUCAAAACAGAAUGGAAACCAAGGGCAGAUACAAAAGUACACAGCCAGCAACUUGCAGGGCAAAACUGGAUCAGGAUAUCAAAAGUUUUCGUUAGAACAAAUAAAAGUACCAGCCAUCGAGAAAGAAAGAGUUCGCUUUGCAUGUGACGAGAAUGGAGACUGGGCUGAAAUAGGACGAGGUAGUUAUGGUUGUGUUUACCUGGGGCUCCUUGAUGGUAUCGUAGAAGUGGCGAUUAAAGAUUUCUAUGAGUCGAGCUCCUGGGAUCUAGUGAUCCACGAGGCCCGGAUGCUCAUGUUUCUACAGGAAACUGGUAUAACGCCAAAGUUUUAUGGACUCAGAAGGAGGUUUGACGUCAGCAAGCAGCCCAGCGAGUAUUGCAUCAUCAUGGAAUACUUUGGCGAUGGGCGGACUCUGUUUAACGUCAUGUCGGAUAAAGUCCCUUUGACGAAGGACGAGUGGCUGGACAUUGUGGGCCAGCUAGUGGCCGGGCUCCGGCUGAUUCAUCGUAAAAAUAUAUUGAUCAACGACCUCAAAGCCGACAACAUUCUCAUCGAUCUAACUGGAGGUAAAUCUUUCUACUGCUGGUGAUUCUGUGUGUGUGUGGGCUUUGAAUGGGUGGAUGGAUGAAUGGGUGGGUUUGUGGAUGUGUGGGUGUGUUUGCUUUACAUGGAUGGGUGGAUGAAUGGGUGGGUGUUCGUGUGGCUGGAUGUAUGGGUGGGUUUGGUGGUUUGUGUUGGUGAGAAUGUGUGUGGAUAUUUUCGUGUAUGUGGUGAGAGAAGCGUGUUGCAUUAAAAUCUUUAUCGCCGGCCAACCCUCUUAUUACAGAUAAUUCGUUAUUAGGUUUGAUGACCUCAAGAGGAAAUGAUUUUUUCGUGAAAUAUUUUGUCACUAGUUUACACAGAUAAUUUGGUUAGACAUUUUAAAAAAUUUGUGGGGGGAGGAGGAGAAACACCCCCCCCCCCCCCAGAAAGUUACAAAUGCUGCCAACCUUCUUUUAUUUCUAGGUCGAAAAAUCAUUCGGUAUAUCGAUGUUGGUAUGGCGACCUACAAACAAGGCCUUACCUUCCAGCUACCACAAGAUCAAAUGAGCAAGUACAAUUUCCUAGCCCCAGAGGUUCGUGAAGGAGCCCGAACUACUACUCGGUCAGACAUUUUCAGUCUAGGGUACAUGUUGGAGCAGAUGAGCAGGCUGGCAGAUCCGGCCCUGGGGGGUCUAAAGAAGUUAGUGGCCAGAUGUACGGACAAGAAUCCAGCUCGUAGGCCUGACAUCGAUGAGAUAGUGUCUCAGGUUCACAGGUUCAUUGCAUCGAAGGCCAGCGUGACAGUAGCUCAACCUACGUCACAGGAACAGUUUUUACUGACUAACAGUGUUUAAGGAAACAAACCCUGUGGAUGUUUCACUGUAGAAUGUUGGGAAGCUAUCAGAUGGGAAGAGUAAAAAAGCUAAAUCAUUUGGAGCGUAUAUUUUUGAGACGCGCAUUCCAUGAUGAAUGAUAAUUUGAAUUCCUCAAUGAAAAGUUAGCUCGAAUAUUUUAAUUUCUGAUUUAUAAUCUCAGGGUUAGAGUUGUAUGUUGAUCUUAAACUCUGGAACCUGAUGGUUUUCGAUUAUGGCUUAGAUUUAUGUUCCUAAUCUGAAAGCAUAACAAACACGUUGAUCAUUCUUCUAUAAUCAUGGCUGAUUAUGAAUAACUAAUAAAAACCUGUUUAUGACUGACAGUUCUAAGAGGGAACUGACUCAUCAAACCUCCGGAUGUGUACGAUCAAUAGAGACGUUUAUAAUGUAUUGAAUGUUAUUGGGCAGUGCGGUCAUUGCAGAGUUUGGAGGGUUCCAGCUAUUGGAGGGGAUUUCUGCUGUAAGUGGUAGGUCACGCUCUAAAGAACACACGCAUGUGCUAGAUCAUUAGCUAGACAAUUCCUUGUUGUUUCAAUAAGAGACUUUUUAAACACAAUUUUUUAUAAGUGCUUGAAACAUUAGCCCAUGACUAAAAACUGUAGCAUUUGACAGUAAACGCUGAGGUCUGCUGCUCAAAUAUAUCAACUAAAUGAAGCAAAAUAUUGAGAAACGAAUGUUUAAAUUUUUCUUAUUUAUUAGCGCAAAUGUUUUAUUUCUUAAAUCAAAUGAUUGAUUUUUUCCCCAUAUACAAAUAUGUGGUAUAUAAAAUUCUAAAAUCCAGGAUUUUUAAAAAUAAAAAUGAAAAAAAAUAAUAAUAAUAAAAAUUGCUAGGUAUAGAUCUAUGGAAAUUGCCUCACUGGCAUUGAUAUUAUUUAUACCAUGUAACAACAACAAAUGUUUUCUCCUUGGG